AAGCGGAUCCAAAAGGAAUAAUUGAAAUAUGGUGAUUCGUGAGUCAAGGUAGAAGGAUCGAGUUUGUUAUCGAGUUUGAAGAGUUUAAUUCGUGGGAAAAUAAAAACUGUGGCAGAAGAGAGAGAAAGAAAGAUUCAUUUUUCUAAUGUACUGUACUGGUCCAAAGUAUGACUCCUCACAUAUGAAAAAAAAAACACUUUUAUAUAUUGUUAAACAGUGUGGUGGCAGGAACUAUCGUUCUAAUUAAUUCAGUUGGUAGGACUUCAAAGUGAUUAAGGAUAUUAAAAAUGAUUACUAGAAUUUUCCUGGAAAUUUCUUGUGAAAAAAGUUUGCUAAAAUAAAAAAAUUGCAACUUUGGUCUGAGUCCCUAGGAAAGGAAGAAAGGCAUGGAAAUGGGUAGUUUGGUGAUGCAGGCACAAAUAUGGAGGUUUGUUUGUUUAAUAUCAAGUGUAGUAGGAUUAGUUUGUUAUGCUCUCAGUUCCUCUUUCAACCUUUUAUUCGGAAAGUGGAACCUGCUGAAGAUGCUGUCUUACAGUGUUUUCAGUUUCACAAUCUGCUUAGCUGUUUGGUUUGCAAAGGUAUGCCAACUUUCAUACUCAAGGAAUCUUAUGUGCAAAGCUCAUAUGUCAGUUGUGGUUUUGACAGCCACAUCAGUGUAUUCCUUUUUCUAUGACAAAGAAGUGAACACAAAGCCUGAUGCAUAUAGUCUCAUUUCUUGUGCUGCAUUUGCUGUCAUGUCUCUCAGCUUAUCCAGGCAAACUCACCUGGGAUUCGAAUUGGAUAUCCUGUAUUUCUUCUUAGGCUGUUUUAUCUUACAACUCAUGAAGAUCAAAUUGUUGUUAGUCAUUGUUGGAGUCUGUUUUAGUUAUUCUCUCAUCAUUCUUCGAUCCUCUCUAGAAUCAUCAGAUUAUACCCUACCUCUAUUCCACCACCCCGACAUAACUGAUUCAUUACAACCCCAUCCUGAUUUUGCUCUUGUUGUGCCUGACUGUGGUAGUAAUUACAUGCAAACAGUGCUGAAGCACAACCUUGUUGCAUGUGCCAAAGCAAUUGCAGACACUGAUUUGAUAAUGGCAGAAUGGUUUGUGAGAAAAAUAAGGGAGAUGGUGUCAGUUUCUGGUGAACCAAUGCAAAGAUUGGGAGCAUAUAUGUUGGAAGGGCUUGUUGCAAGAUUGGAAGGCACUGGGGGCACAAUCUACAAAGCUUUGAAAUGCUAUGAAGCAGCAAAUGCCAAGCGGCUCUCCUACAUGCACAUGUUUCAUCAAAUAUGUCUCCUCCACUUCAAAUUUGGAUACAUGUGUGCAAAUGGAGCCAUUGCAGAAGCUAUGAGAAACGAAGACAGAAUUCAUAUAAUUGAUUUCCAAAUUAAUGAAGGAAUUCAGUGGCUCACUCUAAUUCGGGAUUUUGCAGCAAGGGCAGGGGGAGCUCCCCACAUUCGGAUUACUGGUGUUGGUGAUUCAACAUCAGCUGAUGCACUGCAAAUGGUGGGAAAUAAGUUAUCAAAACUAGCUGAGGAUUUGAAGGUGCCCUUUGAAUUUCAUGCUGUACCUGUCUCUGCUUGUGAUGUUCAGUUACAAAACCUUCUAAUUCAAUCUGACGAGGUUCUGGCCGUAAACUUUGCAUUCAUCCUACAUCAUGUGUCUGAGAAUCAUAGGGACAGACUGUUGAGAUUGGUUAGGAGCCUAUCACCAAAGGUUGUCACACUUGUUGAACAAGAAUCUAACACGAACAUUGUGGAAUUCUUUCCGCGUUUCCUUGAAACUCUGGACUAUUAUUCAGCGAUGUUCGAGUCAAUGAAUGCUAAUGUGGAUCUUCCCGAAGAGUAUAAAGAACGAAUCUAUAUUGAGCAGAUUUGCUAUGCAAGAGACAUAGUUAACAUCAUAGCUUGUGAAGAGGCUGAGAGGGUGGAACGGCAUGAGCUGCUUGGAAAGUGGAGAUUAAGAUUUGCAAUUGCUGGUUUCACUCCUUACCCUUUGAGUCCAUCGGUAAAUGCUACCAUUAAGAAAUUACUUGAGAACUAUGGUGAUAGAUAUAAAUUUGAAGAGAGAGAUGGAGCUCUCUAUCUGGGUUGGAUGGGUAGAAAUUUGGUGGCUUCUUGCGCAUGGACCAGUCUUUAUGUUACUACCCCUGAAAGUUAGAAGGGGGACAAACCACAAGCUGACUCAAACGGGAUAAAAUAUAUCUGUAUGUAUUGUUCUUUGUUCUAUGAGGCUGUUGUAAUGUUACAAUACUGC